AUGACUUUUAAGCCAAAGGUUUUAUUUUUAGAAUUUCCCCAAAAGCAUUUAAUGAAGCAAUUUGAGGCAAAAUUCGAUUGUAUUUUGUACCAGAUUUCAUCAGUUGAACAAUGCAUAGAGGAUUUUCAAACCAAAUUUCAAGAUGUUGAAGCUAUCUACAGUGGUUGGGCUGGGUUUGCUCCGCUUGGAGGCUUUCGGGGCAAAUUACUUGCUUUUGCACCCAAAAGAUUGAAAAUCAUCACUACUUGUACAAUUGGGGUUGAUCACUUUGAUGUUGCUGGAUUGGUAAGUCGCGGAAUCAAAUUGACCAAUGUACCUUCUCAACUUGCGUUUGAAGCAGUGGCCGAUCUUGUUCUUUACAACGCUAUAACCAGUUUUAGAAACUUUAAGAUCUAUGAGCAUAACUUUGGCGGGAAAUAUUACUCCAACACAGAAAUCUUGAGAACAUCUUUGAAACACGGUGAGUUUGACCAGAAGAAUGGGAAAGCAGUUAUGGAACCAGUGUUUGGCGGAUCGUAUGGCGUGUCGUGUUGUGGCAGGGCCAACUUGUCUCCGCGUGGCCAUAAUGCCGUUAUAAUAGGUUUUGGUAAUAUUGGACAAAUUAUUGGGGCCAGGUUGGCUGCAAUUGGAAUGAACAUACACUAUAUUAAACGGAACAAAUUAACACAAGAAGAAGAAGCAUCAUUGGGUUACAAAGUUCUGUAUCACUCGUGUUUGGAAACCACCAAGAGUAUUGCCGACCUCAUAGUAAUUGCUUGCCCAGGCACGCCACUGACAAGACACAUGAUUGAUAAAGUAAUGAUUAAUAAGAUGGAGAAACAAUUUAGAAUUAUCAACAUUGGGCGCGGCUACGUAAUCGACGAAGACGCUUUAGUUGAUGGCUUGGAGGAUGGGAAGAUAUUGUUUGCCGGCUUGGAUGUGUUUGAACAAGAGCCCAAAGUGCAUCCACGUUUGCUUAAUCGACAAGAUGUAUUGUUAACUCCACACUUGGGGUCCUCGGUAUGGGAGAACGAUCAGUAUACAGCUCAAACGUGUUUGCAGAAUAUCGAAAUAGCACUUUAUGGCACUCAAAAAGAAAGCCAGCAGUAUAUCAGCUAA